AUGGAUGAAGCGAACCUGUCACGCCUCUCAAAAUUGAACGAUAUGGAGCAUGUGAUGCUGAACCAUUGGCUGGAGACGCACGACAUCAAGCUGGAUCGUCACACACGAAAUCAGUUUCGCGAUGCCCUGGCCAUUGCCCGGGUCUUUGAGAAGAUCCAUCCCGAAGUGGUUGAUCUGCACAGCUACACGCCACGCAGCAGCGUGGCCCGAAUGGUCGAGAACUGGAAGAUAUUCAAUGUACGUGUGCUGAACAAACUCAAUAUGGACAUCACACAGACGGAUAUGCAGCAGCUGGCAACGGGCGCCGAGGGUGCCGUUGAGUCGCUGCUCUACGAUCUAAUGGUCGCCGACUACAGCCUUCUGAUGCGUGGGGAUGCGCAGAAGCAGUUCAAUCAGCCCCACAGUGUCGAUUAG